ACAUAAAUCCAAUAUGAAAAACUCCCUGAAUAACACCUCUCAGCCUAAUUAUCUCAUACAUUCGAUAUUUAGAAAAUAAAGUUAACGCCUCACACCAUGGCUGCAACUUACUUCAAAUUCACAUGAAAGUUGAACGGAAGGUGGGAUUUUUGUGAGAAGUAAUAAUGCAAUCAAUCCCAAGUACAGGAAAAAUUUACAAACUCAAAACAAUCUUGGCAAAGACAUCUUUUUCAAUUUCUCGCGACACACUAAAACAAAUACCAACAAACAAUAACAAUCCAAUCGACUAUGCCGCCCUUUUGCAGGCCUGCAAUGAUCUCAUUACACUCCGCCAGCUCCAUGCCAAAAUACUUAUAGCUGGUCUUGAACAUGAUUACUUUCUUGGUACCAAACUCCUUAGUUUCUAUGGUCUUUAUGGUAGAGUGGACAAUGCACGCCAAGUCUUUGACAAAAUACCACACAGAGAUAUAUACUUGUGGAAUGUAAUUAUUAGGGCUUGUGCUAAGAAUGGGCUCUGUAGAGAGAGCCUUGAACUUUAUCACCAAAUGCAGGAACACGGCGUAAGGCCAAAUGAAUUUACUUUUCCCUCUGUGGUCAAGGCUUGUGCGGAACUAUUGGCUCUCGAAGAAGGUAAAGGAUGUUCCAGUCUGUUGGCUCUCAAAGAAGGUAAGGGGAUUCAUGAUCAAAUUGUUAGAUUUGGGCUCUGUUCAAAUAUAUUUAUAGGUGCUGCUCUCAUAGAUAUGUACGUUAAACUGGGAAGUCUAGAAGAUGCACGCCACGUGUUUGACAAAAUACCCCACAAAGAUGUAGUUUCGUGGACUGCGUUGAUUGCUGGGUAUGCACAAAAUGGAGGAGAUGCUACAGAGGCGUUAGUUUUGUUUCAUCAAAUGCAACAGGAUGGUGUAGUUUCAGAUCCUAUUGCCGCGAUGAGCGCUCUCCACGCUUGUAGCCGGUUGGGUAACUUGGAACAAGGUAAGAUGGUUCAUGGGUAUGUUAAUAGAAGAGAAAUUGAGCCAGAUGCUGUUGUGGGUACUGCACUUGUAGACAUGUAUGCGAAAUGUGGGGUUGUUGAUAUUGCACGCAAAGUGUUUGACAAAAUGUGUAUGAGAAAUGUGGUGUCUUGGAAUGCAAUGAUUUCAGGAUAUGCACAGAAUGGGUAUGGCACUGAGGCGUUGGAAAUGUUUGAUCAGAUGAAGAUGACAGAGGUGGAACCCAAUUCGAGUACCAUGGUGAGUGUGCUAUUGGCUUGUGCUCAUUUAGGAGCUUUGCAACAAGGCAAGCAAUUUCAUGAUUAUAUAAUUAGGAGUGGAUUUGAUUCGAGUGUUCUAGUAGGAACGUCACUGGUUGACAUGUAUUGUAAAUGUGGAAGGGUAGAUAUAGCAAGACAAGUUUUUGAUAAAAUGCCCGAAAGAAAUGUGAUUUCAUGGAGUGCGAUGAUUGCAGGAUAUGGUAUGCAUGGACUCGGGGAGGAUGCUGUUGCUCUCUUUUCUCAAAUGCAACAGACUGACCUGAAGCCAGAUCAUGUCACCUUUGUUUCUCUGCUGUCGGCAUGUAGUCAUGCGGGCCUGGUAAAGGAGGGUUGGCAAUUUUUUGAGUGCAUGAGACGAGACUAUUGCAUACUGCCAGUAGAGAAACACUAUGCAUGCAUGGUGGACCUCCUUGGACGAGCAGGGUGUUUAGAUGAAGCGAAGGAACUUAUCAGAGAGAUGCCUCUCAAACCUAAUGCUGGUGUGUGGGGAGCAUUGCUUGGAGCGUGUAGAAUCCAUGGCGAUAUCAAACUGGGUGAACUUGCAGCAGAACAUCUUUUUGAGUUGGAGCCUCAAAAUUCAGGUGUUUUUAUACUACUGUCAAACAUCUAUGCAGCUGCUGGCAAGUGGGAUGCUGCAGCAAAGGUGAGGAAAAUGAUGAAAGAGAGACGAGUGAAAAAGACACCAGGAUGCAGCUUGAUUGAGAUGAAUCAUAAAGUUCAUGCAUUCUGUACGGGAGAUAGAUCACACCCGCAAUCAGAACAAAUCUAUGCAAUGCUGGAGACUUUGAGUCGUCAGAUGGAGGAAGCAGGGUAUGCACCGGAUACAAAUUUUGUACUACAUGAUUUAGAAGAGGAAGUGAAGGAACGUAUGCUCUACAGUCAUAGUGAGAAGCUGGCCAUUGCUUUUGGGAUUAUUAAUACCAGUCCUGGAACCCCUAUCCACAUCAUAAAGAAUUUACGUGUGUGUGGUGAUUGUCACAUUGCAUCUAAGUUCAUUUCCAAGAUUGUUAAGCGUGAAAUAAUUGUUCGGGACGUAAAUCGUUUCCAUCACUUCAAGGAUGGUUUGUGCUCAUGUAGGGAUUACUGGUAAGGGAUGGCAUUGAAGAGUUACAAGAGAUAUGAACUUGCAUAUCCACGAAGUAAUGCUUAUAACAUGCUAAGGCUGUGUACACCUGGCAAUCUGUGUGUCCCUAUUGUUGUGCUUGAAGAUCCAAGGAAAUUAAGACCAAGUGCGAUUAGAAAAAUUUGAAAGCCCACACGAACUGGCCUACACCGAGCAAUUUAUUGUCUAAUAUGGUAAUGGAAGUUGUAAAGCAUACAAGCAACUAUAUUUCAUAGCUCCUAUAAGGGGUUUUAAGAAGGAUGUUAUGGCAGUUGUAAACUUCUUGGGACACCAUAUUUGAUUGAUGGAAAUAUACAAGGGACUUUCCUUUCUAGUAGACUUUGUCUCUCCGUGGGACUCUGAGGAAAUUUAGGACUAAAGGUGUAAUACACUUUUGAGUUCUAUCCAAAUGUAUCGUUCUCAAUGAACUAUUUUUCAUAGAUUUGGAAUUUAGUUGAUAGUAGUCCAGUGCUAAAGCCAUUAGUGAAGAUUUCAGCAAAGGAUUUCAGGUUCACCUAUACUUAAUGAAUAUUGAAUUUGUUCCUAUGAUUUCGUACAGGAGUUCAGGUUAACUUUGGAUCUCUCUUACUGGAUUUAUUAGUCACACCCUUUCUGGCUGGAAUAUUUUCAUUUUAGCCAAUUGUGACAGUUGUAAAGAGGUGCAGACUGAUCAGGAGGUGAGCUUUACAGGUGAAUUUUUAUGACUACCCAUGACUUUUACAGUGGGGUGGUUCUGCUGCCAACUUACUCUAAAGUUCUAAACAUCAUCUAUUUUCAGAAAUCGGCAUAGGCACUUGAUCCUUUAAAAAGUUCUGUGCCAAACACAAUAUGAUUAGUGGAUGGAUGAACUUGUAGUAAGUUCUCAUGCUUUCAUUUCCUCUAAUGGAUCUUCUUCAGGCUUUCAAACAUGGUGGAGAAAUGAAAGCAAGUUGUUGUUGAAAUAGCAGAGGUGUUAGACUAUUGAAGAGGCAAUUCCGGCACUGCCGAGCAAGAUACCAGAGAGUAAACUAUAGGAGACAAAUGUGUUUUACUUGGAUACAUACUGAUGUGCAUCACCUUGCAGAUGUGAUGAUUGGAAUGACUGGGAGAAUCAAUGAAAAGGUCCACCAUGUUAUUCAUCGUUCCCUGCUUGUGUGAGUCAGUUACAAUUGGGACUGCUUAUUUCUGUUCAUGUAUCAUAAUGUAUUGACGUAGUCUUUGUUUA